AUCCUCCUCACUAAACUACUAAGUAAAGUACUCACCCCCACUAUCGGCACGUGGCUGGAGUGGCCGAUUGGUCCCGAAUAGGUAGGGAUACGCUACUAAGGUAGGUAGGUAUACUUGGAUACCUUACGGAGGCAGGUAUGUAUGUAUGUAUGAGUCGGUAUGUAUUGGUACGUGUGUAUUUUACGGUUCGAUGGGUUGGGGUAAGUGGGUGGGUGGAUGAUGUCAUGUUCAUACUUAUGCUCGGGUUACUUGGGGUGUGGAUUUUCCCGACUUUUUGUGAUGAGGGUUUUAAGUUGUUUGGUUAUUUGGGGGUUAUGGUGGUUGGAUGGUGAUUAUUUGGAUGUGUUAUGAGGUAUAUAUUUGGUUGUAGCUGGAAGUGG